AUGAAUAAAUUUAUUAAAAAUGAACUUUUUAAUUCAGCUCAUUUGAGUGAGAAAAAAGGUAAAAAAGUAAAAGAGCAUUUUUCAGACAACUCCGGUCAUUGGAGCAGUCGAAGUAGAUUAAGUAGUACGAGUUCGAUAUAUGACGAAAAUACAAAGCGUAUAGCUGUUGGUUUAAUAUUAAAUGAAGAUUUGCGGCAUUUUGUUUUCCAACACAUUUCCCUGAUUGAAGCAGAAAUCUUCAAAUUGCAAACUCAAAUCGCAAAGGGUUGGAUUGAGAUGGCUCAUAAUAUCUGUUUACUUCAUAAUUCUCCGCGAUUACAGUCACCAGUUUGGUUGAGUUUAAUAAGGCAAGAAGAAAAUUAUGAAAUUAUCGCACGAACAUUUUGUUCCAAUUUAGCGUCGGUUCUAAAAAAUUUCGAUUUGAAAACUACCCAUUUUUUUUUCUCUAAAUUGCUGUCAUGUGUGCUAAUGAAUCAUUUGUCUUGGGUUGCAAGCGUCGCACAACGAGAUUGUCAUAAGAAUGAAACGCAACAUUCUUUACUUUUUGGGACUAAUUCGGAACAAUCAUAUGGCCUUUAUAAUAUUCAUCUUGCGCAACAUCUGGAGGUUUGUGGAAACAUAAGUGGUUUAAUACGAAGUGCACGAACCGUGGUUAUUGGCAGUGAAACAAAGAUAAUUUCUCAACUACUUUAUUUACUUACAUAUUUUAUUCGAUGUUCUGAGAUUCAUCGCAACGAAAAAGGUGGUAUUUUUCAGCAUAGUUUUUCUCUUUGCGCAUAUAAUUUCAGAAAGGAUAAAUUAAAUAUUCUUUUAUUCUUAAUAGAAGUUGAUAAUCAAUUGAUUUCAACUAUUUUCGAAGAAAAAUUUAAAAAUGUGGACUCAGAUUGGCAUUUUUCCUUAUCAAACAUUAUCAUGGCAUCGAAAAGUUUUGAUUUAGCUCAUUCCCUUUUAGCUGGACCUUGUGAUUCUUAUUGUUCUCAUUUUGUUUUAUCGGGUUUGUGCCGAUCGAAUAUCGAUUAUGAAGUUUGUUUAGUCUUAUAUAUAACAAUCGUAGGUGAUGAAAUUACUCUUAAUGAGAGCCAAAUGGCUUCACCGUGCGAUAUAAUUGUAACUAUGUUGGAGCAAUUUAUCGGUUUUUAUGAUAUGGGUGCAUCACCUAAUAUUCUUCUUGCAAUAAUAGAAAAUACACUCAGCGAAAUUUUAAGAAAAUCAUUAUCUGACAAUGAUAAAAAAAUAAAUUUUACCAAUAGUCUCUCAUCUGAACAUAUAGCCGAAAUAAUUGGAUGUGAUUAUUCAGAUUUACGACUUAUUGUAAAUGUUGCUGCUGUUUACUACCCACCAGUCUUACAUCUUGUUGUUUGUUAA